CAUUCCUACGCAUCAUCAAAGUUGACAGCAAAAAAAAAAAACAGACGAAGUUUUUAGAAAGUUCCCUGAAACUCGUCAGUCGACAUCGCCGAUUCUUGACGUCGGUCAGGAUGACUUCACUUACGAUCAUCGCUCGAGUGACGGACGGACUUCCGCUCGCUGCGUCCAUAGAGGAGGAUGAAAAGUCAGGUAGAGACCUCCAGCAGUACCAGAGCCAGGCCAAGCAGCUGUGCCGUAAACUGAACGCUCAAAGUCCGGACCGCUGCACCUUGGAGGCCGGGGACAUGAGCUUCCACUACUUAAUAGCACAGGGUGUGUGCUACCUAUUCCUCUGUGAGGCUACAUUUCCCAGAAAGAUUGCCUUUGCAUACCUUGAAGACCUCCACAGUGCGUUCAACGAUCAGUAUGGAAGGAAAGUUCCCACGGUAACGAGGCCAUACUCUUUCAUCGAGUUCGACACGUACAUCCAGAAAACAAAGAAAUCAUUCAUUGACAGCAGAGCCAGGAGGAACUUUGGCAGUAUAAACACAGAGCUACAGGAUGUUCAGAGAAUCAUGGUGGCAAAUAUUGAAGAAGUUCUGCAAAGAGGAGAAUCUCUUUCUGCUCUAGAUACAAAAGCCAGCAAUCUGACCAGCCUGUCGAAGAAGUACCGCAGCGAUGCCAAAUAUCUCAACACCCGCUCCGCGUAUGCCAAGGUGGCAGCUGUGUCAGUGUUCUUCAUCACACUCAUCAUCUAUGUGCGUUUCUGGUGGCUCUGAUGGACUGUCAACAAGGACUUUGAGGGUGUUUCGUUUUGAAAAACAAGCACUUAAACUGAUCCUGUUAAAUACCAGGAGGCCUUAAAGGGAUCCUAUAUUUCCCUAUUGAAGGUUAUAAUUCGAUUUAUGCUUUAUCAAGCUUUGACUUAUGCCAUGUAUAAAGUAUAAACUGAGCUAUAGGUCUGUGAUGGGACAUAUUUAUGUAUAUGAGCAAAUGCUUCAUGGUGAGUUCAUGUUUACUGGAAUUUAAGAGCAGGGUGUUAAUCAAUUAA